UUUUUUUUUUUUUGGAAAUACUGAAAAAGGUGGGUACAGCAAAGCCGAAAAUGGCUCUGCUGCACUGCACAGCAUGGGUUCAGUCCCUGGGCUCCCUCUGCACAGGAGCACCUGCAAAACUGCAAAAUGCAGCAACCCCAAAAUGCACGGGCCAGGGACAACCUGCAUGUGCCGAGGGACAGGAGCUGAUUGCACUCAAUCAAUAGAUUUAAAAUAGAAUUUUUGAAGUAACCUUUUUGCACAUAAAAUGAAGCAGCUUUCAAGUUCAGUAAGUCUUUAUACUGCAAAAAACAUGAAGUACAUUCACAAUCUAUGUUAAUAAAGUAGUAAAUAUUUCCUCAUUCAGCUUUAUUUACAUGGAUACUGGAAUUCAACUGAAAAGUACAGUCAUCUGGAAUAUAGCAAUCUUUGAACACAUACAAAAAUGACCAUUUCUGUAUAUAAUUUAAGCUCAAAAUCACAAUUAUCUCAAAAUAUUAAUUACAAUACAGCCAUCUCCAUCAUAAUUAAACAUGUCUUUUAUAAAAUGGUAAAAUCUUUACUAAAGGAAGCUGUUGGUUCUGAACUGGAUACAGUACUCACAGGUAGAAAACUGAAGUGAUGAGCGAGUGCCCUGCCCAGGGAGGGGACACAAAAAAGUCCCAGUGCCACCUGGAGUGCCCAGAACCCCGGGAAUCCUGCCCCAUGCCAUGGUGCCAGUCAGUCACUUCCACUCCAUCAGCUGGAGAGCAUUGGCAAAAAGCUUUUUUCGGGGUUUUUUUUGGUCUGAAAUUCCGUGAUUUGCAAAUGGUGCUUUUGGGGAUUGGGUGGUGCUGCCUGGUCCUGGUGCCACCACAGCUGUGCCCACCCGUGGCUCCAGGGCCAGGCCAGCUCCCCACGGAGCCACAGGUCCCUGUCCUGUCCAAACUGCUGCCCAAAAAGUUGUGUGGGCACGGCCUGGGGCUGCCAGAACAGCCAGAGGGAUGGGGAGGGGCAAGGCAGGGAGCUCCAGCUGCGCAAACACCCCCAGUUCCCUUUGGGAAUUCCAGCUGUGACAUCCCAGAAUCACAGCAGGGACCUCUGGGCAUCCUCCAGGGAACGUGUGCAGCUGGGGUUGGGAUGUCUCCAGAGGGGGAGACACCUGCUCUGGGCAGUUCAGGGCUCUGCCACCUCCAGGGAAGGAAAUCCUUGCUGUGUUUGUGUCCAACUCCUGCCAGGAAAGGGGUGCUGCCCCCACAGCCCUGCCACCCCUGUGCCACCCUGGGACCUGUCCCCAGCCCUGCUGCUGUGGGACAGGCUCUGUCCUCCCCCUGUCCACCCCUCACCAGGGGAGUUCCUGGGAAUAAACACCCUGAUCCCCCCCAGGAGCAUCCCCUGAGCCAUGGCUGGGCUCAUUUCCCUGGCCUUGCAUUCCUGUCCUGGCAUUGCCUCCCCUCAGAGCUCUGUGCACGUCUCUGUCUGUCCAGGGGCAAUUCUGAUUCUGAUUUCUGCACAGAGACAUUCCUGAUUGCUGAUUUCUACACAGUGGCAUUGCUGAUUGCUGAUUUCUGCACAGGGACAUUCCUGAUUUCUGCACAGGGACAUUCCUGAUUCUGAUUUCUGCAGAGACAUUCCUGAUUUCUGCACAGGGACAUUUCUGAUUCUGAUUUCUGCACAGAGACAUUCCUGAUUGCUGAUUUCUACACAGUGGCAUUGCUGAUUGCUGAUUUCUGCACAGGGACAUUUUUGAUUUCUGUACAGGGGCAUUUCUGAUUUCUGUAUAGGGACAUUUCUGAUUCUGAUUUCUGCACAGAGACAUUCCUGAUUGCUGAUUUCUACACAGUGGCAUUGCUGAUUGCUGAUUUCUGCACAGGGACAUUCCUGAUUUCUGCACAGGGACAUUCCUGAUUUCUGCACAGGGACAUUUCUGAUUUCUGCACAGGGACAUUCCUGAUUGCUGAUUUCUGUCCAGGAGCAUUUCUGAUUUCUGCACAGAGGCAUUUCUGAUUGCUGAUUUCUGUACAGGGACAUUUCUGAUUUCUGCACAGGGACAUUUCUGAUUCUGAUUUCUGUAUAGGGACAUUUUUGAUUGCUGGUUUCUCUCCAGGGACAUUCCUGAUUACAUCAGGUAAUUCAAUGCUCAAUUCCAGCAGGGAGGGGUCACAGCAUCACAGAAUGGUUUGGGUGGGAAGGGACCUCAGAGCCCAC